AUGGAUUCAGACGAUUUAGAUAAUUACGAUCAAGAAUUUUGGGAGUUGGUUGAAGAAGAAUUUAUGGACGACAGUGAUGAAGAACAAGAGCUUCAGAAUGAACUUCAAUCUGGAAGUUCCUUUAGGCCAAAGAAAAGAACAACGAUAGAUCGAGGUCGUGAAGAAGGGCAUAAUCGAUUGUUCAAUGACUACUUCUCGGAAAAUCCAGUAUACACAGAUGUUCAAUUCCGAAGAAGGUUCAGAAUGCAUAGGCAUGUAUUUCUUCGAAUUGUAGAUGCCCUUGGAAAUCAUGAUGAAUAUUUCCAAAUGAGGGUCGAUGCAACUGGUAAAAUGGGUCUUUCACCAUUGCAGAAAUGUACAUCUGCUAUUCGUAUGUUGGCGUAUGGGUCUGCUGCUGACAUUGUAGACGAGUAUGUUCGAAUCGGUGAAAGCACUUCAAUUGAGUGCUUACAAAGAUUCGUUCAGGGCGUGAAUGCUGUAUUUGGGGCUGAGUAUUUGAGAAAGCCUAACAACACUGAUGUUGAACAUAUUUUACAAAUGGGAGAGUCACGUGGCUUUCCAGGUAUGUUGGGUUCUAUUGAUUGUAUGCAUUGGGAAUGGAAAAAUUGUCCUGUUGCAUGGAAAGGACAGUUUUGUCGAGGUGAUCAUGGUAAGCCCACAAUCAUGCUUGAAGCAGUGGCAUCACAAGACUUAUGGAUUUGGCAUGCUUUUUUUGGUAUUGCAGGUUCAAACAAUGAUAUUAAUGUGUUAAACCAAUCUAAUGUGUUUAACGAUAUUUUGGAAGGACAUGCUCCCAAUGUGCAAUAUACGUGGGACACCAUAUAA